AUGCGAGCCUGCCUUCUCUUCCGAUCCCAACGCAUCCUCUUUCGGACGGGCGGUCCUCAGGUUUGUACCCGUUUUUGGGUUAAUGUCUCAUUUCUCAGCGUUUUCUGUGAAAUUAGCAAAAAAGUUGAGCCUAUUUGCUUUUAAAACAAAAAUCUGCAUAACGCCUACAUCUUUUGCGCUUUUUGAUUCGUUUUUUCGCUGAAAAUUGCCGCAAUUACUAGUCCUUGAGCUCGCUUUUUUUCAAAUACAACCCAAAGUUCUCUCAAAUGCUCAAAAAAAAAACGCAUUUUCCCUUACUCGAAAUCUAGGAAAUUCAAGUGUCUCCGGUUACUUUGUUCCCCCCUCAUCCAUUUGAUAUACGACACUUUUUUGUUGUUGCAGAGACUCUUCGUUUCUCGCCUCUCUUCUUCUUCUUCUUCUUCUUCUUCUUCUUCCGGCCUCAUUCUCGAUUUGGAUUCGAAUGCGACGAAAUCAAACAAAAGUGAGAGAAACGGAGAGCAGAAGGGGAAGAGGAAGAAGAAGGGGAAGCGGAUCGAGUGGUCCGCCGGAUCCGUCGCCAUGCUCGCCAUCCCGACGUUCGCGUUCUCGCUCGGCUGCUGGCAAGUGCUCCGAUUGCGCUGGAAGCUCGACCUCAUCGAACAUCUCAAGUCACGACUAGCACAGGAGGCCGCACCCCUCCCUGAAGCCUUGAGCCCGUGAGUUUUGAAAUUCUGCCCAUAUUCACCUGAAAAUCUCUCCCAUUAUUCGUUCAGAGAAUCGCUGGAACCGCUCGAGUACACCCGCGUGCGGAUCACCGGUCAAUUCCUGCACGACCGGGAGUUCGUGAUCAGUCCACGCGGCAGAUUCGAUCCGGGCAAAGCGAAGAGCGCCUCCGCCGGAUCCCUUCUGUCCGAGAAUGAGAUGAGCAGCCACGGGGGACACCUCAUCACGCCGUUCCGUCUGCAACACACUGGGUACUUUUUAACCCAAUUUUGAUCAUCCGAUCGGAACGAAAUUUUGUAGAGUUCUGGGACUUAGCAUGAAGUAUUUUGGGUCCAAGAUUCAGACCGAUCCGAUCAUGUGGUCCUGAGAUAUAAGUCACUAUAAAUCAUGCCAAGUCCUGAAAGUCUGCAAAGUUUGGUCCCAUCGUGGGUUUUCACAAAUGAUGUUUUUUUCUUGCAGCCAGACAAUCCUGAUUAACCGAGGCUGGAUCCCGUCGUUCCUGUUCGAGACGUCGUCACGCUCGAAGACGAACCCACAGGGACCGGUCACUUUCGAGGCAAUCGUGCGGAAAACAGAGAAACGGCCGCAGUUCGUCGGGCAAAAUGUUCCCGAACAGGGCGUCUGGUACUACCGGGACCUCGGACAGAUGGCCCAAAAGUACGGAACUCUGCCGGUCCUGCUCGACGCCGCCUACGAGACGACGGUGCCGGGCGGACCGAUCGGCGGACAGACCAAUAUUAAUGUGCGCAACGAGCACAUGCAGUAUUUGACCACUUGGUGAGCGGAAUCAAUGAAAUUUUCAGCAAAAUCUUGAACUUACAGCCAAAAGUGCAGUAGAGCACAUUUGCAAUUAGUUAAAAUUGAUAUUUUCAGGUACACUCUAACACUGGUCACAAUGCUCAUGUGGCUACACAAAUUUCGACGAUGA